AUGCCGGUUCUCGACGUCAGCGAACUCAACAUUGUCAUCGCCGUUCUGGGCGGUUUCAUUGUCUGCUAUGGCUUUUUGUCAGUCAAGAUCAAGCAAGUCUGGUACUUGGGUGAAGCGUUGCCGGCCGUUAUCAUGGGCAUCAUUCUGGGCCCUAUAGCUGCCAGGUUUCUCGAUGCAGAAAAAUGGGGUUCUGCUGCUGAGGGUCAACAAGAAGCCAUCACACUGGGCAUGUGCCGCAUAGUCAUCGGUAUCCAGCUUGUCAUUGCCGGCUUCCAGCUCCCCGCCAAGUAUCAACAAGCCCGAUGGAAGGACAUGAUGAUACUUCUCCUCCCAGUCAUGGCAAUCAUGUGGAUCUGCACAAGUUUGUGCAUUAUGCUCACCAUUCCCAAAAUAUCCUUCUUGGCUGCGCUUGUCAUCGGAUCCUGCGUCACCUGCACAGAUCCUGUCUUGUCCCAAGCCGUGGCUAAGGGUCCCUUUGCGGAUAAAUUUGUUCCUCGUGCGCUACGAGAGAUCAUUUCGUCUGAGGCAGGUUCCAACGACGGGUUUGGGUUUCCGUUUCUUCUGCUAGCUACGUACCUGAUUCGUCAUGCCGACCUUGAGGGUGUCGAGUUCAAGGAUGACAUCGUCUUGGGCGCAAGUGAGCUUGCCAGUCGCACAGUCAACAUGCUCGCCAGGCGUAGCGAACAUAAUGUUGGCCGUCUAGGUGGAGGUGUACCCAUGGCCAUGGAGCAGUGGAUUGUAGAAACAUGGCUGUACAUGAUCGCCAUGUCUAUCGCGAUAGGGGCAAUUGUUGGGGCUGUCAGUCUGUUCGCCAUUCGAUUCGGCCUCCGUAAGAAGUGGAUCGAUACCGAGAGUCUCUUCCUCUGGCCCAUGGCACUCGGUUUGUUCCUCAUUGGCAUCUGCGGUGCGCUUGGCACAGAUGACCUCCUUGCUUGCUGUGUUGCAGGUAACGUCAUGAACUGGAACGGCCUCUAUCUUGAGGAGACCGAGAAGCGCCAUGAUGAAGUCAACAGCUGCUUCGAUGUUAUCCUCAACUUUGGCGGUUUCAUGUACAUUGGUACAAUCAUCCCUUGGAGGGAAUUCCAACUUCCAGAUGUCACUGGUAUCACUGUUGGACGACUCAUGAUUCUCGGGUUCCUGGUUCUUGCUUUUCGCCGUAUCCCUGCCAUCUUCAUGGUGUACAAGGUCAUGCCGGAAGUCAUCAAGGACUGGAAGGAGGCACUGUUCAUGGGUUAUUUCGGGCCCAUUGGUAUCGGAGCUGUCUUCUACGUCGAGCACACGCGCCAUCUGUUCCCCAAGCCUGGAGAGGCCGAGACAGAAGAGGAAGAGAACCUCUUGGCUGCUAUGGUCCCCGUCGUUUAUUUCCUCGUUAUUUUCUCUAUUGUCAUCCACGGGCUCUCCAUUCCAGCCCUUGAUGCAUUCUACCGCUACAAGAACAUCCAACCAAUUUCCGAGGCUGAACCAGCAGAGAUCCGCUCUCUGUCAGUCCACGAGGCGCUUCCCAACAACGCCCGCAUAAACACGAAACGCAACUCCAUCUACGUACACAACCGCUUCUCCAGGCCGGUUUCUACGGGUCCUGAUCCGGAAUUGUAUAGGUGGAAUAGUCAGGUGAGGGAUAGCGAUGCCACAUAUAGGGUUUCUUCACAGCUCCAAGGCGAGGACUACGCUCAGAAGCUGCAGAAUAUUCGAUUUGCAGAAGACUAUGCUCAUGAGAAAGCCAAUCUGGGCUAG